AUGGCUGCCAAUGGUGGGGUAGGGGGGUUUGCUGUCAGUGACUAUCGGCAAUCUCUGCAGUUUCAGAACUUGAAUGCAGAAAAACAAAAUAUAAAAUUAGAAGUCAUUAGAGGUGGCAGAACAAUACAAAUAUCGAUAUUUGAUAUUGUUGUUGGUGAUCUAGUGCCCCUUAAAAUAGGAGAUCAGGUUCCCGCCGAUGGAGUUGUAAUCACUGGUCAUUCUCUUGCCAUUGAUGAAUCCAGUAUGACUGGUGAAAGCAAGAUUAUUCACAAGGAUCAAAAAGCACCUUUUUUGAUGUCUGGUUGCAAAGUAGCAGAUGGAGUUGGUGCUAUGCUGGUAACUGGUGUUGGUAUAAAUACUGAGUGGGGACUGUUGAUGGCAAGUAUCUCAGAGGAUACUGGAGAAGAGACUCCAUUACAGGUUCGUUUGAAUGGAGUGGCAACUUUUAUUGGCAUAGUGGGGCUUACUGUAGCUGUUUGUGUCCUUGCAGUCCUCUUGGGGAGGUAA